UAUCUGAAUGUUAACGGUCACUAGGGGGUGCUCGCACGAGUAGAGACUAGCACAUUUGCAGCUUAGUCGAUCGGGCACAUCUGCAUCGCGCCUGCCUCUGCAUCACGCACAUCCUCCAGGGUCCGCAGUUUCAACCAAUCUCAUCAACUGCUCCAUUCACGCUAUCACCUGUAUCACUACAUCAAUUUUUGAGCAUCCUAGGGACAUCAAGAGCAUGGCAGGACGAGGGAUCAGCGAGUUGUACCCUGCUAGAUUUCUCGCGGAAAGCGCCCACCCCGAGAAAACCUCGAAUCCUCCUGACCUUCUCAUCUUAAAUCAGCCAAUAGCCCACUUCACUGCAUUUUUACGUCUUUGGAAACACACUGGCUUUCGCAUAUGUGCCGAUGGCGGCGCCAAUAGACUUUUCGAUAUGCUGAAAGAUGAUUUGAUCCAGCAGCGCGAACAAUACCUACCCGAUAUGAUUCAUGGGGACUUGGACUCGUUACGCGAUGAUGUACGUGAGUACUACGAAGCACGAGGUGUUCCUGUGUUACGAGACCGUGACCAGUACAGCACAGAUUUUGGAAAAUGCAUGCAAAAAAUUUCGUUGCGUAUUACUUCCUCGGCUGUGCGAGAUGUCAUUGUUCUUGGUACCUUGGGUGGGAGGGUUGACCAGGGCCUUGGACUCUUGAACGAAAUGUACAGGGAACAGACUCAACAUACCGACCUGCGUUUAUGGCUAUUCUCCGAGUCCAGUCUGAGUUUUGUGCUGAGGAGCGGAGAGACCCUGCUAAGAGGGAUCCAAGAAAGUGGCACUUUCACAGAGAACGUGGGGUUUCUUCCUAUAUAUGGGCCAGCGGUUAUCUCUACCGAAGGGCUAGAGUGGGAUGUCAAGGAGUGGGACACACAAAUGGGUGGCCAGGUCAGUACGAGCAACCACGUUAAAGCGAACGAUGUAAGAGUCGAGACGGACGCGCCGAUACUGUUCACUAUAGAAACGGCGCCUUUGUGAUAUGUUGGAAUAUGUACGCGUACAGCAUGCACGUUUUGCGGUAUCGUGCUACAUGCGGGCUUGACAUGCUUGCGACUUAUCAAAAGAGAAAUGCACGUACGGGUUGCCUCGUGCUAAGUGUACAAGCACACCG